AUGCCGGUGUACUCCAAGCGUGCGCGGACGCAGCUGUCUGUGUGGGGCUCUCAGUUUGACUCCGUGUACCGGCCAUGCAGUUCCGUCCAGAUCUUGAGCCACUUGGCCGGGGGACUGGUGGCCCCCUCGUGGUGUAGUGGAGAUGCUGACAGCUGGGCACCUGUGCUGGUGCAGCUGGCUGAGCUUGAUGGUCGCUUUGGAGUAGAGGUAUCCAUGGCGCCCACAGUGCACAGGUUCAACUCUACUAGUGUUGCCGCUGGAGCUUGGCUCGGUCAGAAUGCUCCACGAGCUGCCCCUAGCAUGUACAGAUCGGACCUCCGCUACUGUCAGGCAAACGGCUUGUGGCAGAAGGCUCUGAGUCUGCUGGAGAGUGCCCACCGGGAGCGCAAGCGCCUGGACGCCGUGACCUAUGGCGCGCUGGUGGGAGCGUGCGCAAAGGGACAGCAGUGGCGGCAUGCUGUGGCACUCAUCUCGGAGGCUGACAGCUGCAGGCUGCAUCUGAAUGUGGUGACGUCGAACAUGGCCAUGGGCGCCUGUGCAACUGCGGGGGAGUGGCAGGUGGCCCUUACCCUUCUCUCGGACGUGGUGGCUUCCGCUGCGCAGCCCGACCUCGUGAGCUACAACGCUGCGGUCAACGCCUGCAAGGAGGCGUGUGAGAUGGGAAGCCAGUGGCCCCAAGCAAUUGACUUGCUCUCCAGCCUGCCAGGAGGUGCUGGGAUGGAUGCUGCAGUGGCUUACAACCGGGCCACCUAUGCCUGCGCGAAAAGCGAUGCAUGGGAGCAGGCCGUGGCAGUUCUGUCGGCCGCCUCGGAGAAGGGGAUGCGGAGCUACACCAUCACAUACAAUGCCUUGAUCAGUGCCUGCGAACGGCAGGAGCAGUGGUUGCAGGCCCUGGGCCUGCUCGCCAUGGCCCAACACGCGCAUGUGGACACUGACCUCGGGGGCUACAAUGUGGCCAUGUCUGCCUGCGUCAAGUGCAAACGCUGGGAGCAGGCGCUAGAGUUGGGCCUUUGGGCCGUGCAUACACAGAGGCUGCAGGGAGAUGCCAUCAUGCUCCAACUCGCCGUCAGUGCCGCCGAGCAGGGGAGCCUGUGGCUUCAGGCGCUUGAGUUUGUCGGAGAGUUGACGAGAAGACGGCUGGAGUGCCCUACGCUGACCUGCGGUGCAGCUAUCAGCGCCUGCGCAUCACAGGCGGCCUGGCAAGGUGCGCUCCAUGCGCUGGGGAUGCGGGAGGCAGGCGAAACAGACGCACAGGGUUCCAUCAUCACGCUGAACAAAGCCGUAUCCGCAUGUGCCCGAAGCUUGCUUUGGCAGCGGGCUCUGUUCUUGGGCCACCAUGGCGAAAUUGGCCAAGACUCUCCGUCACAGCCAGACCUUAUGAUGUACAUGACCUGGAUGGGCGCGUUGGAGCGCGGGGCCGAGUGGCAGCAGGCCGUUCUCCUCCUGGAUAGCCUCAUCCAGGACCAGUUGGACCCGGAUCCCCUCCUUUGGUCGGCCUUUGUGAAUGUCUGUGAGAACGCCGGGCAGCCGGCCCUCUCUUUCCUGUCGCAAGUGGAGAGUCGAGAUGAUGAUGGCAUGCUCAUACUGGCCAUCAGGGCCAUGGGGAGGAAGGGUGAGUGGGAGCAGGCCUUGCAGCUUGUGAGCGGAUGGAAGGAGGGUGCAGGCAACGUGACGGUGCAGAACGCCGCCAUCUCCGCUUGCUCUGCAGCUUCUCAGUGGGAGAAGGGCCUGAUGCUCUUUGCCUCGCUGUUUGAGCAGCAGGUGCAGAUGGACGCCAUCACGUUUGGAGCCGCGAUACAGGCGUGCUCCGUGCCGGGGGAUCCUUGCUGGCAGCUUGCCCUGGACAUCUUUUCGCAGAUGGAGCUGGUGCAGGUGGAGAAGGAUACCAUCAGCUUCAAUAUUGCCAUGGGUGCCAUGGAAAGCGUGGGCCAGUGGCACCGGGCUUUAGCUCUACUCUGGGACUUGCGCAGUACACUUGCGCAGCCAGAUCGAGUCACCCUGGCGACGUGUGUUCGUGCGUGUGCCAAAGACACCAACUGGCAAGGGGGACUGCGCUUGCUGUUCUAUCAGGCGCAUGAGGGCCAGAACCUCGACCUCACUGUUUGGAAUGCGGCAAUCAGUGCUUGCGGUGAGAGUGGCGAAUGGCAAGUAGCCUUGCAGCUGCUCGCAGAUGCCCAAAGACAGCUAGGCGCGGUCGACGUCGUCACCUACAACGCGGCCAUGAAUGCUUGUGGGAUCGGGCUGGAGCAGGCCCGCGCCCUGGAGCUCUUCGAGGAGCUUCCCAAGCAGUCCAUCCAGCGAGACCAGUUCACCUACGCCACGGCCAUGGAUGCCCUCUCAGGCGCUGGCGCCCGUACUCUGUUGGAGAGGCUUGAGGCUGGGGGUUGCCGGCUGAACUCGGUGGUUUACACAGGUGCCAUGCGGGCCUGCAAUAGGGACCUGGAGUGGGAAGAGGCCGUGGGGCUCUUCACGAAGAUGCGGAGGACGACGAUGCAGACCAACCUGAUCACGUUCAACACGCUGCUCGACGCAUGUGGGAAUGGUGGGCAGUGGGAGGGGGCACUGAAAGUGCUGGGCCAGCUCAGCGAGACCCUGCUCGAGGCAAACAGCUUCUCCUACUUCGCAGCCGUGCAGGCGGCGGCGAGGGGCAAUGUCUGGGAGACCGCACUGCAAGUUCUCGCCGACAUGGAGCAAGAAGAGAUGGAGGUGACGGUGGUCUUCCACAACGUCGUGCUUGAUGCUUGCGCAAGGGCCGCGUACUGGCAGACAACGCUGCAACUGCUCGACGAUGUCCAGCAGUCCGGGUUGGAAUUGAGCCUUGUCUCCCACAACACGGCUGUGGACGCCUGUGUGAAAGCCCUGCAGUGGGAGCGAGGCCUAGUCAUGCUGGCCAACAUGAUGGCGCAGGAACUUGAGCGGGACUUCUUCCUUUAUCAGCGCCUGGCCGCUGGUCAGCUGCGCGAUUGGGACCGUGAUCCUUGUGCAGGGCAAGUCGGGCUGAACAUGCAGGUUGCCAUCUUUUGGUUUAUCUUCGUUGCCGAUCUUGCGCUCUACGGCUGGAUUCUGAGCGUGGACAAUCGCUACAUAGAGGCGCUACCGGGCAUGCCCGACAGCUACUCCGACAGCGAGUCACGGCAGUGCGACGACUGCGGCACCCACGUGUCACACGAACGAGUCAAGCAUUGUCAGACAUGCGGCUGGUGUAUGGAGGACAUCUACGACCUGACCUCGGCAGCUUUCGGGCCUUCUGCAAAGUUUGGCUUGUCCUAUCAGGGGAAGCUAUUGGCACGCUCGGAUGACCGCCCCUUCCUCGAUGUGGGCGAUGCAGUGGUCGUCCACUGCACGGUAGGCUGCUAUGCUGACUCUCAGCAGCGCAUCUUCGAUGAGUACCUCGGUUUCGGUCUUACAAGCCUUGUUCGACGCGGGCGGCACAACUUUGCCAUGUAUGCCUUGGACGCCUCCCCAGAUCCAAAGGACUUGGUGCUUCAAGCUGAGAACAAGGAGCUACUCAGCUGGGUCGCCUACACCGCGGGCGGGGCUCGGAGUGGUGGCUUGCCGAAGACGGGUUGUUCCGAAUUUUGGCCCAAGAAGUUCCUAUCUGUCGUAGCCAUGGGGUCUUGCUCAGCUCGAGCUCAUGACGAUGUCGCGGACGACGUCUGUGGCUCCAGCCACGAGCUUCAUGCCCCGAUGUGGGUGGCGAAAGUUCAGGAUGUGCUGGAGAUGACCGGUCGCUUCCGACCGCACCAGAAUUUGAAAGAUGAAGGCCUCGUAGUUCCGUGGAGCCCCACGAUGUUCACGAUCUUUGUCUCGCACCAGUGGCUGAGCCUCCAACACCCGGAUCCGGACGGAGUUCAGCUGCAGGUGCUGCAGAGCAUUCUGCGCAAGCUCAUCGCGAAGCAGCUCAAAAUCGAGAAUGACGCUGUCAUGCAAUACAAUGGCCGUAGGAUGACAGGGUCGGAGCUUGCGCGAGUACAAGGCGCGUACAUUUGGUUAGAUUACUUCUGUGUCCCCCAGAACGUGGAAGGUCAUGCCGCACCUGGCCUGAUGGAGGAGCAACUGCUUUAUGUUCAUAGUAUUCCCAGAUACGUGGACCACUGCAAUGUGUUUGUGGCUUUAGUGCCCAAGGCGAUGCACUCCAACACAGGAUCGAAGAUUCCAAUUGUUGUUGUGAAAAGUCAUGAUGUUGCCCAGUUCAAAGCGCCUUUCUGGCACCAACACCCAGUGUAUUCCGGAGACUUCGCCAUUGAGAAGGACCGAGCCUCCUGUUGCCAGGUUCUCCAGGUGGCUUUGGAGCAGCAUCUGUUGAAGCUGCGUAAAACCCUCCCUCGGAGCAUCAAGGCCUACCGCUUGUAUCUGGCACUUUUUGAAGACAUGGUUGGCUUGCCUACAAGGCAUCGCAGUGUUGAAGCCUUCCUUGAGGAGUUCUCAUUCUCCAAGCUGACCCAAAAAGGUUUCGGCCCCGUGGCCUGCGCUGCUCUUACUGGUGAUCCUGAGCUCGUUCGCGGACUUGUCCUUGCCAAGGCGCCGCUCCAUACGCGUACGGUGGCGACGCAGGAGAUGCUGUACCAGGGUGAUGCCACGCCUUUGCACUUGGCUGUAUGGUUCAAAAGUCACGACCUGCAGAUGCUGCAGAUGCUCUUAGAGUUACGAGCGAAUCCAAAUGCAACCACCAUCAAAAGUGUGCCGCCGCUAAACUUCUGUCGCAGUGCCGCUGCAGUGGAGCUGUUAGUCCAAUACGGCGCAGGGGUGAACUUCCAGGGAAGCGAUGUGUCAUGCAUGUGCCCACUCCUCGGUGCGGCAGCUGUAGCAGCUCCAUUUGAGGUGCAUCAAAAACUGCUGGACCUCCGGGCAGAUGUGAGCGGUGGCAGGGGGGGCAUUGGAGAUUUGUCACCGUUGUGUGCCCUGGCAUUCUCUGGCGACUCACCCGCAAAUCUCGAGUCCGCGCUCUUACUCCUUGACCGAAGGGCGGACAUCAACCAUGUCUGUCGGCCCCAAGGCAUCUUUAAGGUCUUCGAGCUUCUGACAAGAGCCUGCUGCUGGUUUCGGUGUGAGCCCUACGAGCUUGCAAUGGUGUUCAGCAACAUCACCUCUACUCCCUUGGGCUGCUGCUCCAUGCUCGACAACGAAGGCCUCUUGACCUUGCUGCUCUCAGCAAGUGCAGACCCCGAAAUCAAGAACAGCAGGGGCUACCGACCCAUUGACCUCGCGAGGUCUGACAGGAUCCGUGACAUUUUUCAGGACUGCAGGCCCUAUGUCUUGGAUCUGGAGCAGUCCUUCGGCUUGGUCAGCGAGCCUCUCUAA